AAGCGGCACGCACCUAAACGCCAACAGCCUACCGAGGGAAGGCAAAGUAGCAUAGGCACAUUGCUAUAUAUAAGAUACAGGCCUUCAUCUACCCACCUUCUCUCUUUCCGGGGUUGAAAGGGAGAAGCAGAGAUUCCAUCUGUUUCUCAUUGUUCUUCCUCGGAAAUCACUCCUCAGAGAUCAGUUUUCUUUGUUCCUCAUCAAAAGUUUGUAUCUAUUUUGAUUUUUUUUUUUUUUUCUCUUAUCGGUUUGUUAGAGAUGGAUUUUUUGGGUACCCAUUUGAGAAAGAAGGGUUCUUUUUGGUUCUCAACAUUCUCAAUUUGCUAAAAAGAAUGGAAAAAUGGAUCUGGGUGUUCAUUAGACCUUAAGUUUGAGCUUAUUGAGAAGGUUUUGAUUAAUGGGUAGCAAAGGACUACAGGUGUUUGAUGAAAGGAAGGAUGGGUUCUUCUCCGUCGGUGUAUUGGGGUUUCAAUGGAGUCCGCAAGGUGAGUGCUUCCAUCCCGGAGGCUUAUUCGCCAGCGUCGGUCAGGUGGGUAUGGGGUUUGGCGUGUCGCCGAAUUCCCCAAAUUCCCGAGACAACAACAGUGGGGUGAAGCUUCCCUACACCGAUUUGUAUGUGAAAUAUGUUUCAUCGCCGGAAGGGCUUCGAAUUGUCGGAAUUCCGGAGGCGACUGACGAAGCAACUGUGAGGAAGAAGAAGGGUGGGCUUAAAUUGAAGGUGAAGAUUGGGAAUCCUUCCUUGAGGAGGUUGAUAAGUGGUGCUAUUGCCGGGGCGGUGUCACGAACUGCUGUUGCGCCACUGGAGACGAUAAGAACACAUUUGAUGGUUGGGAGUAGUGGGCAUUCUACGACUGAAGUGUUCAAUAAUGUUAUGAAGACUGACGGAUGGAAAGGAUUGUUUAGGGGUAAUUUGGUUAAUGUGAUUCGGGUUGCACCAAGCAAGGCUAUAGAGUUAUUUGCUUAUGACACAGUCAAUAAGCACCUGUCGCCCAAACCUGGUGAGCAGCCCAAGCUCACUAUCCCUCCGUCCCUGAUUGCAGGGGCUUGUGCUGGUGUUAGCUCAACUUUAUGCACAUAUCCUCUUGAGUUACUGAAGACUAGAUUAACUAUCCAGGGGGAUGUUUACAGCGGCCUGCUUGAUGCAUUCAUAAAAAUAUUGCAAGAGGGGGGACCCGCUGAACUUUACAGAGGCCUCACCCCGAGUCUAAUUGGGGUUAUUCCAUAUGCUGCUACCAAUUACUGUGCUUAUGAUACGCUGCGUAAAGCCUAUCGGAAGAUUUUCAAGCAGGAGAAAAUUGGCAACUUUGAAACCCUGUUAAUUGGAUCGGCUGCUGGUGCUAUAUCAAGCAGUGCAACGUUCCCACUCGAGGUGGCACGCAAGCACAUGCAAGUAGGGGCUGUCAGUGGAAGACAGGUAUACAAGAAUGUGCUUCAUGCUCUCUCCAGCAUACUGGAGCAGGAGGGGAUCCAGGGUUUAUAUAAAGGGUUGGGGCCUAGCUGCAUGAAGUUGGUACCUGCUGCUGGGAUUUCAUUCAUGUGCUACGAAGCCUGCAAGAGGAUACUGGUGGAGAACGAGGAUGAAGCAUAGAAAGAAUCUUCCUUUUAUUUUUUCUUUUUUAUUUUUUCCUCUUUUUUCUUGAAUGAAUAAUGAAACUGAGUUCAUAGGGAGCAUCCCCUUGGAAAGUGGGAAGGAGAUUGCACACAUUUAUUUUGAGUUGAGUUUAUUUUAUACAUUUGUCCCUUGAGUUUUGAUUCA